CCUGUGCAUAAGCUUUUCACCUAGGCUAAGACAACUUCAACACACACAUAGCUUUCUUUGAGGUGCCUGAACUCAUCACUCUCUAUGGAUGGAGUUGAUGGAGGGAGCUCCUGCGUGUUGCUCUGAGUACCCUCCCUCCCUCCCUCGGGCCGCUCCGCGCGCACUCCGGAGUUGAGGAUGAAGCCGCAGAACAUCAGGACCCUCUCUCUUAUCCUCUCCAUAGUUUUCUACCUGCUGCUGGGAGCCGCCGUGUUUGACGCGCUGGAGUCGGAAAGCGAGGUUUUUCGGAAGAAGGCGCUGGAGCAGAGGCUGAACGAUCUGAAGAGGAAGUACGGCUUCACGGCGGAGGACUACCGAGACAUCGAGAGGGUGGUGCUGCAGUCCGAGCCGCACCGCUCCGGGAGGCAGUGGAAGUUCGCAGGGUCUUUUUAUUUUGCCAUCACUGUCAUCACCACAAUUGGUUACGGCCACGCUGCUCCACGCACUGACGCUGGCAAGGCCUUCUGUAUGUUUUACGCUGUCCUGGGCAUCCCUCUGACCCUGGUCAUGUUCCAGAGCCAGGGCGAGAGGAUCAACACCUUCGUCCGCUUCCUCCUGCGCAGAGCCAAGCAGGGCCUGGGCUUCCAGCAAACCGAGGUGUCCAUGGGGAACAUGGUGCUGGUAGGCCUGCUGUCGUGCAUGAGCACCCUGUGUGUCGGAGCCGCAGCCUUCUCCCACUUUGAGGAUUGGACCUUCUUUAACGCUUAUUACUACUGCUUCAUCACGCUCACCACCAUCGGAUUUGGAGAUUUUGUGGCCUUGCAGAAGACUGAUGCUCUCUCAAAGCGACCCCCCUAUGUGGCGUUUAGCUUCGUGUACAUUUUGGUGGGGCUGACGGUCAUUGGGGCUUUUCUUAACCUGGUGGUGCUGAGGUUUCUGACUGUAAGCACCGGGGAGCGGGACGUGAAGCCUGAAUCAAGGGUGGCGGAGCAGCCUCAGGACACGCAGGGGGAUAGGGAGGUGUCGGAGGCAGAAACUGCUGAUGUUAGCUAUAAAGACGGACACAGCAGCUUGUGCAACCUGAGCCUCCCCAUGCAGGGAGGCACCAGCUGUAUGAAUCUGCUCCAAUCCCCUGUAGAGGAGCGCAGACUUGUUUUGCCUGAGCAAAAAAAGCUCUCUGAUCCCAGCAGACUCAGGGCCUUGCUCUCCUGCAUCUGCUGUGCUUUAUACGACCGCCCAUCUCCGCCUCAUCCUCACGAGGUGGGCGGCCACAGCAACCCCGUCUUUUACAACUCCAUCUCCUACAGGGUGGAGCGGGCCUCCUGCAGCUCCUGCUUCACCUCCUCACAGGCCUCCCCCUGCAGCCAGGCUCUCUGUGCAGGCAAGAACUAUCCCCACAGCAGGAGGAAGUCAUUAUAACUAUCCAAACAUUACACUUUGUGGCCUUUGUUCUGGACGUUUUGCACACAACACUGAACCCUCUGAUAGUAUGUCUGCUGGAAGUGCUUUCUGAGUCCUGUAGCAUACAUCUUUAACAGUUUACAAUGCUUUUUUAUAAAGUAUAGAGUAAAUAUUUUAACUAACAGAUAUCAUUAUCUUCCCCUGGUCGAUUACUUUGUAGAUAUUUAUUGUAUUAUUAGUUUGAAAUGUUAUGUUUAAAUAUGCAAAUUAGGCAAUAUGCCUAUUUGCGCAGUUGAGAAAUCUGAACAUACGUUGGUGACUUAUUAGAGUAAACAAAUGUGUAUCGAGGGAAUGUUUAAUAUCUCUCUAUCAUUUAAUAAAUCAGAAAAUACUGUCAACAGCCAACAUUAUUUAUUUAUUUUAUUAUCCAAAAUAAGUAUACUGUAGGCCACAUGUGUCAAACUCAAGGCCCGGGGGCCAAAUCAGGCCCUUGGUGGAUUUAAUUUCAGCCCGCAGGAUAAUUUGUAAUUACUAUUAGAUCUG